UUCAUUUCGGUGACGCGAGUUUCGCCGGAGGGUGAGGGAGAAUAAGGAGCCAGAGAGACGGCGAACGAGGAAGACGAAGGAGAGCGUGGAGAGAGUCUACCUCUCUCGACGAUGAAUUCUAUGAGGAAUCCUGUUCUUCCGGUUUCGGAUCCUCCUCUCGCCGGAGAGAAUGAUAGCGACGGUAAAGGUGUCGACGAUCGGCUUUUUAAAGGAUCCGCCAUGACCAAACGUGGAGCUUACGCUGCUCUUUCUUACAUGGCCUGUGCGGUUAUGCUUGUGUUGUUCAAUAAAGCAGCUCUCUCUUCCUAUGAGUUCCCGUGUGUGAACGUUAUCACACUAUUUCAGAUGGUUUCCUCUAGCUUAUUUCUAUAUGCGUUGAGACGCAGGAAGAUCAUCUCUUUCACAGCUGCUGAUUCUUUUUCCAAUUCUGAUAAUGCCUCAACUCUUGUUCCAUUGAAGACAUUGUUUCACACCCUUCCUCUAGCAAUUGCCUAUCUUUUGUACAUGCUAGCCUCUAUGGCAUCUGUGAGAGGGGUAAAUGUUCCCAUGUAUACCACGCUUAGGCGUACUACAGUGGGAUUUACUAUGGUGAUUGAGUACAUGCUCACAGGUCAGAGAUAUACGCGGUCUAUCAUUGGAAGUGUCGGCGUUAUCGUGCUUGGGGCAUUUUUCGCUGGAGCUAGGGACUUGUCAUUUGACUUUUAUGGAUAUGCUAUCGUUUUCGUAGCUAACAUAGCAACGGCAGUAUAUCUAGCAACCAUUGCUCGAACUGGGAAAUCAAGUGGCUUGAAUAGCUUUGGCCUUAUGUGGUGCAAUGGAAUUAUAUGCGGACCUAUAUUGAUGAUUUGGACAUUUAUUUGCGGUGACUUGGAGAAGACUUUUAACUUUCCUCACCUCUUAUCUCCCGGUUUCAUGGUUGUGUUACUCUGCUCGUGCGUGUUGGCUUUCUUAUUAAACUACAGCAUUUUCCUUAACACCACUCUCAACUCGGCUCUCACGCAGACAAUAUGUGGCAAUAUGAAGGAUCUAUUCACCGUUGGACUAGGCUGGAUGCUCUUUGGUGGACUCCCAUUCGACAUGAUGAAUGUCAUUGGACAGCUUCUUGGUUUCUUCGGCUCUGGUUUAUAUGCAUACUAUAAAAUCAUCGGGAGGUAACUACUCCAAAACAAACAAGGGGCAGUCACAAACGUGAGUGGGCUUUUGACAAUAAAGGGUCCAUGAGAAAGAAACUAAGGGAAGCCUUAGUUUUAGGAGAAGUUGUUGACCAGAGUAAUGUUCAAGUAGAUAUAGAGUAUUGAACUUUAAUUUUUUGCAGGAGAAUUAAUAAUGAGAGACCUUAUUUUUCCCUUCUGUUUUCAAGAAGGCUCAACAUAGUUGGAUUAUGGAGAAACUGAUUAUUUUUUUUGGGAUUUGUUUAGUUGUCAGAUUCUUUUUUCUUCCUUUUGUAUUUAAAAUGAUUAUAGAGAAGGAUGACUCAGUUUU